AUGACGUCCUCCACGUCCACGCCCACGUCCCCAUCCUCGUCGACAGCUGCACCUGGCCCCAAUCCGCCCAUCGAAACGGUUCGUUAUGAUGGGGUCAAUAAGCUCCCUGCCGAUCUGUUGGAGUGGCCAAGUACAGAACGUAGGUUCGCAUUGUUGCCUGCCCUACACCUCCGGGUUUGCCGAGCUGAUCCUCCCCCUCGUCUCCUACCUCCUCGACAAUCUGAUCAAUCCAGCCUCGACAGCACCCUCCACAAUCGUACUCUUUAUCCCCGGCAAUCCCGGCCUAGUUCACUAUUACACCGCCUUCCUAAGCACGAUACAUUCCAAUCUACACCAAACCAAAUCGACCAUAUACGCGCUCGGUCACCUGGACCAUUCGACCCAUGCCAAAGUCCGUUUCACAUCCCGCGGAGUACCCGGGUUACGGGAGCAGAUCGAACACAAGGUCGCUUUUAUUGAUGAAUUGAAGAAGAAAUAUCCGACGAUUGGGGUGGGGAAGGACGCCAAGACCAAGAUGGUUUUGAUUGCUCAUUCGAUCGGGAGUCAUAUUUCUUGCGAGGUGAGAACACCUUUUCCGUUCCGAAGAAAGCUGAGAUCGGCGGUUGAUUGCAUGCCCUGUGCGAUGUGUGCCGCGAAUCAAGCUCUGACCGCUGUUUUCCUUUUUUUUUUUCUUUUUUUUUUUUUGCCUCCUGUAGUGUAUCAAAGCUCGACCUUCUCUGAUCUCGUCGGCGAUUCUGCUCUUCCCGACCAUCUCCCACAUGGCGCUCACACCGAACGGUCGUCGCUUGUGGCCUCUGUUCAGCCCCCUCGGUCUCGCACCCGUCGGCCUCUCGACGGCGCUUUUGUCCUACCUCCCACGGGAAUCCCUCUCGCGUGUCGUCGGGCGUCUCUCUGGGCAAUCAGACCCCGGUUCCUUGGUAACAACAGGGCUCGUCACCUCCCCCGGAUCAGUCAUCGCGGCGCUGACAAUGGCCCGGGAAGAAAUGCGAGACGUGACCGACCUCGACGUUGAGAUGUUGAAAAAGUACGGCGAUCGGCUAUGUUGGUAUUGGGCACGAGGGGACGAUGAUGGCUGGGUCUUGCCGAGUUCGGUCCAAGAGAUUGAGCAAGUUUUGGAUCAGGCGGGGUUCGCGAAAGAACGGAGAAAGAAGUGCGAGGAAGGGAUGCAGCAUGCUUUUAUUUUGACCACGAGUGAGUCCGCGUUGAAACAGCCUUAAUCUUGCUCUACGCGAUAGCACUGAUUGUUCCAUCACUGUCUAUGUUGUACAGCGCAUUCGGAUUCGUUAGCGAUUCGAUGCGCGGCCUGGGUCGCCGACCAUAUCGCCGAGAGGAAGCUUGACCGCUUUGGACAAACAUAG